AAAUUUUCUAAUGAGCACAAAAACCCAUUAAAGAAUUCUCACAUUCAUAAAAAAAUAUAAAGAUGAGUAAUUGCUUUAUAUUUAUUAUUAGAUUGAGCUCUUCUACUGGAAUUGAUGAAUUUGCAGAUUUAUUGAAUGAAUUCUUUGAUUUAUUCAAUCAAGAUUAAUCAAGAAGAGAGAAAGUUAAAUUAAUGCUUGAAAAUCUUGUUUUAGAUGAUGAUAGCAAACUUGUAGAAGGAGGUAUAAAAAAUCAAUUAAAAAAAAGAUUUACAAAAAUAUGUGGAGAGAUUAAUUGAUUUCGUUGAAGGACCAAGUGAUGAUCCAUUAGAAAAAAACAAUCUUAAACAACGUAGUUCAUCUGGUAGUUCAGAUGAGGAAGAUAAUAGAGGUCAUAAUAAAUAAUAAAAUAAACAUAAAAGAGAUAGAAGCAGAGAUAGAGAAAAAAAUAAAAAAUCAAAAAAAAAUUAAAAAAAUACAAACCUUAUUUAAGAAUUAUAAAAAGCAUUUGGAAAGGAAAUAAAUUUUAAGGAGUUACUUUCUUAAAUUACAAAUAAUAAUAAUAGAAAAUAAUAGCAUAAUAAUAAUAAUAAAAAUAUUGUAUUCUUAUAAAAUGUCCCAAGAGAAAUGAGAUCUUAUUCAGAAAUAGAAUCCUUACUUUCAGGAAGAGGAGAAUUAACAAAAAUUCAAUUAUUAGGAAGGUACUUUAUAUAUUUAGUUUAGAGUACCUUCAGUUCAAUUUAAAAAUCCUAGUGAUGCCUAAGCUUUAAUUGAUAAAUUUAUUGUUCAUAAAGGAGUUAAAAUAGAAUUUACAUAAAGUUUAAAUAAAGUAUAUUUUUAUAUUAUAAAGAAGCAAUAAAAUUAAGAUGAUCAAAAAAAUAAUAAGAUUAUUAUAUUAGACAAAGAAGGAAAAAAGGUAUCUAAUCAAACUAGUUAACCAGCAGCCCCUCUAUAAUAACCUUAAUAAUAACAAUAAUAACAAUAAGUAACAUAAAAAUAAGAUUCAAAAAUGGAAGAGGAAACAGAAUAAAAAAAAAGCAAAGAAGAAUAAGAAUUAAAUACUCAAAUUGAAUAAAUUAAAGGACAAGCAAAAACCUUAAUUGUUGAUAAAUUAAGAUUAGCCUUUUUAUUAAUUAAAAGAAAAGAUAAUUAUCCUCCAUAAUUAAGUGUUGAAAUAGAUGAAUUAAAAAAGUAAAGAAUUUAAACAAAUUUUUAGAUUAUUAACUUAAAAAAAGGAUGAAAUUUCCAAAAUGAAUUCUUUGGAAUAACUUAAAGCAGAAUUAUAAUGGUUAAACGAGAACUAUGAUUACACUUUAUUAAUUACUUAAAUCCCAGAAUAAUUAUUUAAGGACAAAACUGUAACAAAAGUGCUCAAUGAAGAAUUCUAAGUAAUUAUUCAAAUUAUUUCUAAGAAAUAUGGAAAAAUUGAUAAUUUGCAAAUCAAAAUAAAAGACAAGGCUGCCCAUCUUAAAUUCUUCAGUUUUGAUUCAGCAGAAAAAGUAUUUAAAAUUUUUUAUAAAUAGGCCUAUUAUUAAGCAAAUGAAAAUUCUAAUCUAAAAGUUGAGUUUCUAAAUUAAGGUAUUAAAAAGGUAUUAAUUGCCUAAAGCUGAAAUAUUUUAUAAAAC